UUCUCAGUCACAGACCAGCGUUAAACCCGCCGGUGACACUCGGGCUCCACCUCCUCGCCGGGUUGAGCACCGUUCUGUAGCCGACCGCUGCGCACCGGAGAGCGGGCUCAUUCAGAGGGAGAAGCCGCUGCGGGACGUCGUGUGUGUGUGUGUGUGUGUGACGAGGAGAGAGAGAGAGAGAGAGAGAGAGAGAGAAAGAUUGAUAAAGUGUGUGUGUGUGUGUGUGUGUGGGACAGAGAGAGAGAGAGAGAGAGAGGAGUCGAAGAACACUGUGAACAGCCAGAGAGACAGCCUGGUGUCCAUGCGUCCACCAAUCAAGAUGCCCUUCAUGGCCGUGCAUCUGAGCCUCCUCAUGCUGGCUCUCAGCGCAUUUGGGCAGGAGCUCCCAUCAGGCCCUCACGGCUGCACGGAGGGAAGUUGUUACCCUGCGACAGGAAACCUUCUGAUUGGACGAGCCAUUAACCUAACCGCCACCUCUACUUGCGGCUUGAACGGGCCGGAGCAGUACUGCAUCGUCAGCCACCUUCAGGAGUCAGACAAGUGCUUCGAGUGUAACUCCCAGCAUCACUACCACCCGGACCGCCACAGAAACAGCCACCGCAUCGAAAACGUGAUCUACUUAAUGGACAACAAUGGAGACACCUGGUGGCAGUCUGUAAACGGAGAGGAGAAUGUCAGCAUCAGACUGAACCUGGAGGCUGAAUUCCACUUCACUCAUCUCAUCAUGAAGUUCAAGACGUUCCGACCUGCAGCCAUGAUCAUCGAGCGUUCGUCUGAUUUUGGCCGCACGUGGCGCCCCUACCGCUACUUUGCCUCAAACUGCACCAAGACCUUUCCUGGCAUCUCAGCCAAAGGACUGCACCACAUCAACGACGUCAUCUGUGAGGAGCGCUACUCCGACAUCGAACCCUCAACUAAAGGAGAGGUCAUUUACAAGGUUUUGGAUCCUGCCAUUCAUGUGAAAGACCCCUACAGCUUGGACAUUCAAGAACUUCUGCGCAUCACCAACCUGCGCAUCAACUUCACCAAGCUUAACACUCUGGGAGACGACCUGCUGGACCGACGCUUUGACGUGCUGCAGAAAUACUACUACGCCAUCUAUGAGCUGGUGGUGAGAGGGAGCUGCUUCUGUUACGGACACGCCUCAGAGUGCGCCCCGGUACCGGGGGUGGACGCCCGGGAGAAUGGCAUGAUCCACGGUCGCUGUGUAUGCAAACAUAAUACAGAGGGCCUAAACUGCGAGCGCUGCCGACAUUUCCACCACGACCUGCCAUGGAGACCAGCCGAAGCAGAGAACCCACACACCUGCAGAGAGUGCAACUGCAACAGCCACUCGAACCAGUGCCACUUUGACAUGGCGGUGUAUUUGGCCACGGGUAACAUCAGCGGAGGAGUGUGUGACGACUGUGAGCACAACACCAUGGGACGCAACUGUGAGACGUGCCAGCCCUUCUACUACCAAGACCCCGUUAGGGAUAUAAGGGACCCUCGAGUCUGUGUUGCCUGUGACUGUGACCCAGUCGGAUCGAUGGAGGGAGGAGUGUGUGACAGUCACACCGACCUGGACAUGGGGAUGAUCGCGGGCCAGUGUCGCUGCAAAGCUCACGUCAAAGGCACCCGCUGCGACGACUGCAAGGAGGGUUACUACGGACUCAGCCAGAACGACCCGCUGGGCUGUCAGCCUUGCAACUGUGACCCUCGCGGCAUCAUCAUGAUGGGGGCUCCUUGCGACCAGAUCAGCGGGGACUGCUCCUGUAAAAGAUACGUCACUGGUCGUUACUGUAACAAGUGUCUGCCUGAGUACUGGGGGCUGAGUAACGACCUGGCCGGCUGCAGAUCAUGUGACUGUGACUUUGGUGGAGCCUUGAACAACAGGUGUGUGAUGGAGAACGGCCAGUGUGACUGCAGGAGGCAUCUGAUUGGCCGACAGUGUUCAGAGGUUCAGCCCGGUUAUUUCUGCGCUCCGCUCGACUACUACAAAUACGAGGCUGAGGACGCCACUGGACACUCCCCCGGUGACUCUGCUCUGCCGGGCAAAGUUCGUCCUCAGGCAGAGACUGACUGUGUUCAGCACCUCAGCAACCAGUUGAGGAGGCACCGCCGUCACCGUCGCACCUCCAACUCACAGCAACAUCGGGCAGCACUGAGACGCAUCCGCCAGCUUCAACAGACACCGGAUGUGAGGACCGUUCACAGAGAGCGCUCUCCCAACCACAUGGUGACGUGGACAGGACCCGGAUUUGCCCGUGUCAAAGACGCCGCCGGCCUGGUUCUGACUAUCGACAACAUCCCCUACGCCAUGGAGUACGACAUCAUGAUCCGCUACGAACCUGAGUCCACAGAGGACUGGGAGGCUAUAGUGAGUAUUACAUCUGUACAGCUGCCGUCCAGUCUCCGGUGUGGAAACCUCCUACCAACUGAACAGCUCUACACAGUGACUCUGCCUCAUCGGAACAGAUACAUCCUGAUGCCCAGGCCAUUCUGUUUCGAGCCCAGUAAUCGUUACGUGGUCUCAAUCAGGUUCCAGCGCCAUGGCGUCUCACACAGACACCUCACUGCCUUCAUUCUCGUUGACUCGCUGGUUCUGAUCCCCAAAUACACUGAGCUUCCUGGUUUCCAAGGUGCCGAACCAGAGGCAGAGCAGCGUCGGGAGGAGAUGAUUCGAUACAUGUGUCUGGAUUCCUUCAUGAUAACACCGAUGCCCGUCCUAGCAGAGAUGUGCUCCAAACUCAUCUGUAGCAUUUCAUCCAUCAUUCAUGAUGGCGCUCUGUCCUGUCAGUGUGACCCUCAGGGCUCGCUCAGAGGUGAGUGCCAUAAGGUGGGAGGUCAGUGUCAUUGUAAACCCAACGUGAUGGGUCGGCAUUGUGACCAGUGUGCCCCGGGAACCUACGGCUUCGGAGUGAACGGCUGCACUGCCUGUGACUGCCACUCAGAGGGCUCAUCGAGCCACCAGUGUGACCCAGUUUCAGGCCAGUGCCAGUGCAGGCCGGGAGCCACUGGGCGUCAGUGCGCAGACUGCCAACCAGGCCAGUGGGGCUUCCCCAGCUGCAGCCCCUGCCAGUGUAACGGCCACGCAGACAUCUGUGACCCCCGCACCGGGGAGUGCCGAGACUGCAGGGACUACACAGCAGGACACCUCUGUGACCGCUGUGUUGAUGGGUUCUUUGGAAACCCGGUGCUUGGUUCAGGGGAGCACUGUCGACCCUGCCCCUGUCCCGGUAACCCUGGCACAGACCACUUUAACGGGGAAUCCUGUCAAGCUGACCUCACCUCCAACCAGAUCAUCUGCAACUGCAAACAAGGCUACACUGGGCCCCGCUGUGACCAGUGUGCCCCUGGUCACUAUGGCAACCCAGAGCAACCCGGCGGGCAGUGCCUCCCCUGCAAGUGCAACGGAAACAUCGACACCCAGGACUCUGAGUCAUGUGACCCCAGGACCGGCCAAUGCCUCAAGUGCCAGUACCACACCGACGGACCGUCCUGUGCUCACUGUCAACACGGUUACUUUGGCAACGCUUUGGUCCACGACUGCAGACGCUGCACCUGUGUGACUGCCGGCACCGUCCAGUCCGCUUGCAGUGAAGGACAAUGUCACUGUGACCGGGAGACUGGAGCCUGCACUUGCAGGGAGAACGUGGCCGGACAUAACUGUGACCAGUGUUCUCCCAACCACUGGAACUACGGUCAGGACCGAGGCUGUGAGCCCUGCGGCUGUGACUCGCAACACGCCGAUGGGAGUCACUGCAACAUGUUCACUGGACAUUGCCACUGUCAUCCAGGCUUCGGAGGUAAACACUGCACUGAGUGUGAGCAGUUCCACUGGGGAGACCCGCAGGUGCAGUGUCAAGAGUGUAACUGUCAUCCGCUGGGCUCGGAGAUGGCCCAGUGCAACCAGUCAACGGGGGCGUGCGAGUGCAGGGAGGGCGCGGCGGGGAAGCACUGCGACGAAUGCGCUCGCGGUUUCACUGGCGACUUCCCCAAGUGUGUCCAGUGUCACCCUUGCUUCCAGCUGUGGGACGAUGCGGUGUGCCAGAUCAAACGGGACCUGGAACACAUCCAGUACACCGCACAGAAGAUCCUGGAGAGCGGGGCCACGCCGGUAGUCGGGGACACGCGCAUCAGAGAGCUGGAGAGGAAGCUGAAGGAAGUGCAAGAUCUGAUCAGCAUGGAGGACAGAAACAAGAUCCACCAGCUGAUCGGACAGAUCAUCGAUGACCUCAGGGCUGAGAUCGCCCUGACCGACGGGCGUCUGAUGGCCGUCGGCCAAGAGCUAAAUACAACCGCAGUAGAAGAAGAGGCACUGAGACGCACUCUGACUGUCCUAGAGAGAGAGCUGAGGGACAUCAACACAACUGUGGCUAACAAAACAAACCUGCUGGAUGACUACCUCACCUCAGGAUUUGGAGAUCAGUUUGAUAAAGUGAAGAAAUACUAUCAGGAGUCAGUGAAGGCCGAGGAGAAAUGCAACGCUUCAAUGUCCGGUCCCCUCAGUCCUUUGGAACAGUCCAAAAAGACCCGCGCUGUCACUGAGGACCUGCUGGACGCCACUAAAGAUAACUUCCUCCGUGCUCUGGCUGCUCAGAACAAAUCAUUAAACGAGCUGCAACAGAAAUCCCACGACCUGGACAAGAAGGUCCAUCACCUCAGCCAUAAGGUAUGUGGUGGGCACAGCAAUGCCAGUGUCAACGGCAGUUGCCCAGACAGCCAAUGCGGCGGCGCCGGUUGCCGUGACAACCAGGGCAAUCCUGUGUGUGGAGGGCAGGGAUGCAACGGGACAGUGAGCGCUUCCGUCGGAGCGCUGAAUCUCGCAAAGAACGCCACCGACAGUCUGAACGCUGCCAACGAGGAGCUGCAGGGCGUGGCCAGAAAGCUCCAGGACAUAGCCUCUCUGACACAGGAUGUGAAGAACCAGGCGAAGAACACGCUGGAGAAAGCGCAGAAGAAGAAGGAGGACUUUGAAAACAACAACAAGAAGCUCAAAGAUUUCAUCAAGAAGAUCAGAGACUUCCUCACCGAGGAGGGAGCAGAUCCAGAGAGCAUAGAGAAGGUGGCUCUGCAUGUGUUGGCGAUCACCCUGCCGGUCAACAGGACCACUCUGGACAAAAUGGUCAAGCAGAUAAAAGACAGCCUUUCCAGCCUCACCAACGUCGAGGGGAUCGUCAACCAAACCGCACAGCACAUCAGCAAAGCCAAGGAGCUCCUCGACAAAGCUAAAGAAGCCAAGAGCCGAGCAGAGGGUGUGAAAGACAUAGCCAAUAAUACCAAGCAGGCGCUGGACAUGUCUGAGAAGGCCAUAAAGAAAGCAAGUACAGCCCUGAAGGAGGCCCAAGACAACCUGAACAUCACCAGGAAUGCUACAGUCGCGGUGGAUGAGAGGCUGACGGAGCUGGAGGAAAAGCAGAAGGAUGUCAUGAUGCGUUUAAUCAACCUCCACAGGGAGGUGGAAGCUCUGAGGAACAAGACGGAGCAGAACAGACUGAUGGCAAAGGACGCCAAAGCGCAGGCUGACAACGCCACACAACUAGCAUCCUCACUGGAGCGGAGCCUCAACAACACAGAGGAACAGUACCGGGAUCUGCAGAUGAAGGUGGACUCUCUUGGCGGGCAGGCUGGAGGUCUGAACAGCAUCAAGCAGAAAGCAGAGGACAUCAAGAAGGAGGCAGUAGACCUCCUCGGCAAAGCCAGCAAAGGGAUGGAGCAACUCAGGAAAUUGGAGAAAAAGUUCAAGAGUAACGAGCAGCGGAUGCAGAAGCAGCGCAUGGAGCUGGACGAGCUGAAGGAAAACGCCACUCUGGUGCGGGAUCAGAUCCGGGAACAAGUGCAGAAGUACAGCAGCUGCGUGUGAGGACAGAAACGGUUCCCCGUUUUACCAUUUGCUGCUGUAGUCCAGAGCAGAGCUGCAUGACUAAUGCUGUGACCGGGACAGAAAAAACUACAUCGCCCAUGAGGAUAAAGCGCUGCUCUGGUACUCCCAUUCUUUCACUGGAACAUCAAGUUUCACACAUUACCCGUCAAGUGUUAUAUCACAGAAAUGCCUUCCUCUGUCAAAGUACUGAACCAAUUUUAAACUCUUUGAUACAAACACUGUCCUGUGUGGCGUUUGUGUCCUUAAGCUAUUACAACAAGUGGAUGAGAGAGUAUUUGUGUCAAUGCAUAGUCCAUGAUAAUCGAUUUUUAUGAAUAAUAAACAGAAGAAAUAUAUCAGAAUAUGCUAUCAGAAACGUGUUUAUUUUGACCAAAAGUGCUUUUAUGAUGUGUGUGUUCACUGUAAUUUGACCACAUUAGUACGAUAUUUACAAUAUGACAUUCCUAUUAAGAGAUAUGUGGGGAAAGUUUGUAAUAAAAUGCUGUUUAUUAUUUUUAUUACAAAAGAAACUAUUUGAUCGAAUACAUAUAUGAAUGCAUACGUGAGUAUUCUUAUAAGGAAAAAAAUAUUCUGAGGUGCGAUGGUGGAGAUAUAAUAAAUUUGAUACCGUUAAUGUACAAUUCGCCAUGUCCUGUUUGUGUGAGAACUUGAGGGCAAAGUUCAACUCAUUUGUGAAGAGCAUGUUGUUUCAGUUCACUGUCACAAGGGGGCGCCGUAUACUCAGCAAGACAUCAUUAACGUUACCAGUUGCAGCUGUGUAUUUCCUGCUCUGACAGCCAAUUAAAAACCCUUAAGGAACCCACACAGGUGUUUUCACUUCAUUUGAUUGAUUAGCCUGUGUGGCCA